AACCGCAACGACUCCAACCGACGCCGAACUCCACACAACGAACGAUUACCGUUAACCACACAAUCGCACAUCAUGGAUACCGCUAAGGCACCCGUCAAGCUCGUCAAGGUCACCCGUGUCCUUGGCCGAACCGGCUCCCGUGGUGGUGUCACCCAAUGCCGUGUCGAGUUCAUGGACGACCAGACCCGUUCCAUCAUCCGUAACGUCAAGGGCCCAGUCCGCGAGAACGACAUCCUCUGCCUGCUCGAGUCCGAACGUGAGGCCAGGCGUCUGCGAUAAGCGCGCACCAGUCGGGAAUCAAGGAGCGGCAUUUCUUUCGGUUACGGAGUUCUUGCGAAAGCUAUGGGCAUCGAUACGGACUACUACAUGACGGAAUGAUGCAGGUGUGGCGCUGAGAAAGCGCUGUGCCUGGGGGGGUUGUGGAGAUGAUUCGGAUACGAACAUCACGAAAAGAUGACAUGGGGUUCACUCCGGACCAAAUCAAUACCAUUCGACCUCUC